GUGAACUUAUUAAUGACAAGGAAAAUACUAAUUAUGCAUCUACAGAAAAUGCCCCAAACCUGCUUUCAGCUUUACAGCAAAGUGUUCACCCACCCUCUGCAGAGGCUGAGGUAACAAAGAAAAGGGGAGGGUCAGUAAUGACUGUGGUAACUGGAGCACUAGAACGAAGAUUCAUCCAAGGUGACACUAAAUUGAUACCUGAUUCCUUCGGCUCUGCAGUGAGAAAAGAGCCUAAACUUCCCUGUAGUCUACAAGAAAAAUCCUUGCUGUCACCCUUUCUAUUAGAUCCUGAUGAGCAUGACAUAAAUGAUGAAUCAGAAAGCUUUUCUGAGAUACAAGACAUAGCUGGGAAUACCCUUGUUGAAUCUGAUUGCCAUAAUGAUUCAGCACAGGCUGCCAUAUUAUCUAUCUCUUCAGCAUCUACAGAAAAGAAAGAGAAUUUCACAGAACAUACAAAUGUCAAGGAAAGACCAGAGAACCUUUGCAGUAAAGAAUCAACUGAUGAUAGCAUAAGGAGAGAGCCUGGAGCACAUCCACUACCUCAGUUAGCCAAAUCCAACUCUGAUGAAGUUGAGAGAAAGAUUGAAAUGAAAGAAGAUUUUCAUCAGAAUGCAGAUAUCCCCCCAUCAUCAGUAAAACAGAUUAGUCAGAAAGAUUUGAAAUCAGAAAUGAAUAAACCCAGAAAGCUACCUUUGAUGAAAGACACCAGAGCGAGUGAUAGUUCCCAGGAAGAAGCAAUAGACCAGUGGGCCAGGAGACGGAAACAGUUCAAAGACAGCAAAAAAUGCGGUUCGACUGGAGGAAGCUCCAUAAACAGCACAAUCACUGAGGGAUCAAUAAACUCAGAGGAUGCUCGGUCAGUAGAUCUGGGACUACAUUCUGAAAAUGAGGACAGAGGUUUUUAUACAGAAAACUUUCAUUCUGCUUCCUGGGUUUUCAGAGGAGAUGAUGUCUCUCCGGAUAAUAGUCCUAGAUGUCUCAGCAAAAGGCCUAGACCAGUGGCAAUUCGUGAAAGAACGGUGAAGAUCACUAAAGGAACUGGCAAUUACCCUUGGGGUUUCAGGAUCCAGUUCUCAAAGCCUAUCCUUGUGACUGAAGUUGACACAAACAGUGCAGCUGAAGAAGCAGGACUUCAGGUUGGGGAUAUUCUGAUAGCAGUCAAUGGAACUGAUGUCACCAGCAUGCCACAUUCAGAAGCUGCCAAUCUGGCAAGGAAAGGUCCAGAUAUCCUGACUAUGGUGGUGGGAUCAGAUAUCAGCCGUUACCCUAACAACCCCAGACCUACCUGCCGAGGAUAUUUGCACAAACGAACACAGUCAGCAAUAUUGAAGGGCUGGAGAAAGAGGUGGUUUGUGCUGAAACAUAAUGGCUACCUACACUAUUACAAACACAAGAAGGAUGAGGGGAAGUGCAGACCCCUGGAAGUAACAAAGCUGGAAGGAGCAGAAAUUGGUGUUGACACCAGUCUGGGUAAACCAUUUGUUUUUAAAUGCACACCUCAAAGCGGAAACAGGAUUUUCUACUUCUGUGCAACUUCCAACCAAGAAAUGAAGAGAUGGCUGGAGGCUAUGGAUAAAGCAGUGCAUCCUGUCCACCAGAACCAUGUGUGGGUAGAUGUCACACUGCAUAACACUACACUUCCACCCUUGGCUAUCAAAAACCCAGAGUGCCUGGGGCUCCUCCACCAGCUGGACAGAAGCAAAGACAUCUGGAUUCAGCACUACUGCAUUCUGAAGGAUGGCUGUUUGUACUAUUAUGCCACUCUCCGUUCUACACCUGCCCAAGGUGGCCUUUACCUACAGGGGUAUAUUGUGAGUGAACAGUCUCUGGGCUCCAAGAGAUCUGUAAUUGAACUCAAACCUCCAUCUGAAGAAUUUAAGACUUUCUACUUAUGUGCAGAGAAUGUAAAUGAAAACAAAAGGUGGAUUACAGCUUUGAAAGCUUCAAUUAAUAAAUGGUUACCCCUACACCAAGCAAUCCAAGAUUUCAUGAACAGACCACUGGAGGAGACAAGGAUGUAAGAAGAAAGCACAUUUUUUCCCUCAAUUUCUGUUUUCCAUUAAAAAUUCCAUGCUAUAUCUUCUGGUUCAUCUCAAAAGAUGCUCUAGUAGCAGGUAAUCUUUAGCAUUGCUAUUCAUUCACAACUUUUG